UAAACCGAAACGUAGUGUAGUAUACAUACUGACACUCGUUCGCUUGCUUCAACUGCUAACUGCGAGUAAGAAUUGUCAGAGUACUCGUACUUGCGCAUAUCCACGAAGCGUAUUGCUCCUACCAUCAAAAGCAACGGGCAUGUCAGUACCGAUACAAAGUCCGAGCGAAAUGUUGUGCCGCAUUAAGUCUUGUUUCUAGUCACGGCCGUGCACGCUUUUAUGUCGCGUGCGAAUGGUGUGCGCAGCAGUGCUUCGCAAAUAAAAGUAUUUUGAUCGCAGAUCUGAAUAUUAACUCGAAUCUUUUCAAAUUACUUAGCACAGUGUGCAUUUGCAUUUUAUUAAAGAAAUUUCAGGAACACUGGUUUUUCCUGAUAGAAGAAUCAUCCAAAACAGUGCGUGUGCUUUUAGAUUCGAAAGUGCCUCACUAUGUUGAUCAAGCUGCAGAUGGCUACUGUUCAAUGCUAUAAACAGUAAGAAGGCAUGGAACAAUUCCAUGAUAUGAGUGAUGGAAAUAUAAAUAUAAGUGAUGUCAUUGAAGUCAUCCAAACUACCGAUCCCGGGUUUGUGGAAUGUAAUGAAAGAGAAGCGCAACUGCCAGUGGAAAUGAACACUGGACGGUUAUUGCCAUAUGUUGAAAUAAUAGAACAACCAGCAAGUAAAGCUUUACGUUUUCGCUAUGAAUGUGAGGGCAGAUCUGCUGGUAGUAUACCUGGUGUAAACAGCACCCCAGAAAAUAAAACAUUUCCUAGUAUAAGAAUAGUUGGAUAUAAAGGCCGGGCUGUAGUUGUAGUAUCAUGUGUAACAAAAGAUCAACCACACAGACCUCAUCCUCAUAAUCUUGUUGGAAAGGAAGCAUGCAAACGAGGUGUUUGCACAGUAGAAGUUUCAUCGGAAAAUAUGACAGUCACAUUUGCAAAUCUUGGUAUUCAGUGUGUUAAAAAAAAAGAUAUUGAAGAGGCACUUAGAAUAAGAGAGGAAAUUCGUGUAGAUCCCUUUCGAACUGGCUUCGAACAUAAAAGACAGCCUACUAGUAUUGAUCUAAAUGCAGUUAGAUUGUGCUUUCAAGUUUUCUUAGAAGGAUCGCAGAAAGGGAAAUUCAAUGUACCAUUACCACCAGUUGUAUCUGAUCCUAUAUUUGAUAAAAAGGCAAUGUCAGAUCUUGUCAUAUGCAAGCUCAGUCAUUGUAGUGCGUCAGUCGCCGGUGGUAUGGAAAUGAUUUUAUUAUGUGAAAAAGUUGCAAAAGAAGAUAUACAAGUUAGAUUCUUUGAAAAGAAAGAGGGACAAGUAGUUUGGGAAGGAUUCGGAGAUUUUCAGCCCGCUCAUGUACAUAAACAAACAGCAAUUGCAUUCAGAACACCAACCUAUCGCAUGCAGCAAGUGGAACAACCGGUGCAAGUAUAUAUUCAACUCAAAAGACCGUCGGAUGGUGCAACAAGCGAACCGUUACCUUUUCAGAUGCUACCCCUUGGUGCAGGUAGGCCUGCUUUCUGGUCUUUACGGAAAGCAUUUGCCAGGAAGAAAACAGAUUAUAGUACAUUUAGUAAAAUCUUAGCUACUGAAUCGGCAUUACUUUCAAACGUUACACCAAAAUUUCCGCGCAAUAUCGACGAAUAUAACAACAAUGAUGAUUUUAAUGUAAAAAAAUCGAAUAACAAAAUUUCUGCGUUACGCGCUUUAAGCGAUUUAUACAAUGUAAAAAAUACAUUGGAUUCCUGUAAUGGAAGUAUAGAAAUUAGUCAUAAUAUCGCACAAAAUAUAGGUCAAAAUAAAAACACCGUAAUUGAUUAUCAAAACAACGAAGUACCAAUUAAUGAAGAGAAACAAACUACAGAAGAUGAACAAAUGAAUAGAAUGUACAAAAUUGAUGAUAAUUACAUGGACAAAGAUACAAAUGAUACUAAUUCUGGAACUAUAACUCGUACUAAAUCUGACAGUACUGUUGAAAACACAAAUGCAUUAAAGCAUACAGAAAUAUUCAAAAAUAAAUCUGAUUGGUUCGAUUAUUCGGAAGUAGGAAAAUGGGUACAAAAGGGUCAGAUAUCUCUCAAAGAAAAAGAAGACGUAAUAGAUUUUAAACCAGAAGUGAAAGAAGAUUGUAAUAAGUCUUUCAAUGAAUUAUUGACACAAGUGGCCGAGUUAGAUCAAAUUUAUGCCGAUACACAUGCGAAGUUAGUUCAAGCAGCCCUUGAACAAAAUACAACCGAUCAAUCCAUAGAUAUUGACGUUUGUGAUAAUCAAACUUAUACUAGUUUACAAAUGGCUAUGAAAAAUCCCAUUGAAUUUAUCGAUUUAUUAAACGAGAGAAGAUACGAAGACGUAUGUGUACCAAAAUCAGAUCCAAAUCAGUCUUGUCCUUCGCCAGUAACUAUAAAGAGAGAUGGAACGCAGGAAACGGAAGAGAGAUUACCGCCUUUACCACCAAAACGUAUCCGCAAAAUGCCUUCUAUGCCUCUUCUACCUCGUCCUAUAUCUUCUCAUACGACACCUGAUUCCUUUGUUGAAGCACCAAAUAAGAUUUUACCUUCCUUACCUGGUACUCUAACUAAAAAUUCAAAACAAGGACUAUUUUCAAAAUUGUUUGCAAAAAAAGUAAAGAAAGAUAAAGAUUCAGGUUCAAAUAUAUCCAAAGAAAAUAGUCAAUCUUUGUGUCCUGCAGGAAAUGUUGCUUAUUUGACAACAGAUAACAUACCAAGUAGCUCACAAUUACAAAUUCCAAAAUCUAGUGCAGUAAGUACCACUAGCUUGAAAUCGCUUAGAUUAGAAGGUGAUGAAACACCACCAUAUGGAAUUGAAUUAACAGAAGCUGAACAUUAUGCACUGUAUACUGCUAUGGCACCACAUGCAACUGCUUCAGAAUUUGAUGAAAUGUCUUUCUAUUAUAGUCCUGUGGAAGGUGGAAAGAUUUAUCCUGAUAAAAAAGAAACAUAAUUU